AUGCGUGAUAUGUCUGAAGAUUGCGAUGAUUCCGUUCGAGACGCUGUUCGACAGAACGGUUCGGUUUUGGACCGCAUCGAUUUCAGCCAGGACACGGAAGCUGAGCUUCGGGAGUACCUGGAGGCUAUGGCAGCCGGCGGAGCUGCUCGUCUCCCUGUGCGACCAGACCUUGGAUUCCGCUACCAAGUCAAGGCCUUCCCACCCAGUGUACGUAUGAGCAUUAUGCCAUCGCGCAUUGUGGGCAAGCACACAACCGAGCCACAAGCCCAUGAGAUUGCCAUAGUCAAGCAGGUCACUGGAAGGCGACCACAACCGACUAUUGAAUCUUUCCAGUUUCUAGGUAUCCACCAAGUCGACAGUGAAAUGCCCGUGAGACAGUCUUCCACCAACUCCAUUGCUAGUUCCAGCGACAAUUCCGAUGAUGGUUAUGAGUACGAGUUCGGUACUGUCAUUCAGGAUCGCCUGAAUGAAGAGCGCGUAGACCCCUCUGCCACAUCUCGCCCCGCCACUGUCCCUAAUGACAAUUCGGACGACGAGCACAGGACAAUUCUCCAGCCUCGGCAGAACAGACGGAUGGUACUGUCCACUUCGUCCUCCGAUGAAGACGAUGAGGCCGGGAUCGCUCUACCCCAAGCUCGGCAAGCUGGGGAACGCACGAUAUUGUCAAGUUCAUCUAUUGUAUAUGAAGAUGAAAAUGAAGUUAUGGUCAUGGCCCGCCCUGCCACCCAUCGACGAGCGCUCUCUAUUGGAUCGGACUUCUUGCCUGGUUCGUUUGUGGAGACCCGAGAUGUCGUUGCAACGGCUCGUCCCGUCAGCCAUCGACUGGCUUUCUCGGUCGAUUUCGACUCUUCCUCGGUGGAUCCUGCUGCUUCAAGUCGUGAAAGUCACGCUGAUGAGCAGCCUGUAGUAGAUCAUGAUCCAUCAUUGCGCGUGGACAGCCCGAUGGUGUUCGCGCGAAUGGAUCUUGGAGUAUGCUUCCAGGCGAAACUACAUGGGGGUCAUCCUAUCAAGUCCUAUCGUGCUGAAUACAUUGAUCACGAUGUUGCUGUGGUCGAAGAAACACCUGACUGGCUCGGUCUCCAUCCCGAGUGCGCAGUAAUGCUCUUUGCCAGCCCCAACGAGGGCUGCAUGGCUCGCUUCGCGCAUCUUUGGGAAGACGAGUAUGCCGAAGCUAUUGACCAAUCGCUAUUCGCAGACUUCGACGAAGUCUCGUCAGACGUGGUCAGUGAUGGUUCUUCCGAUGACUGUUGCAGCUUUUGGUCUAUGUGCGACGACGGCGACACCACGCAGACCAGUGUGACUUCGAUGGAUAGCCGUCGAAAUUCGUGGUCUGUGGGUAACGAGUUUGAAUACAAGAGUGUGUUCGUCGCAGAGCCAGUCCAACGCGACUUCGUCCACCAGAACCAGGAGCAGCUCAAGGGUAGGCGUUCUCGGCGGACGUUGGACGAGUUUUACCGCUUGAGAAAGGGUAGGACAAUGUCAACCGUUCCCAACGGCUGGUAG